AGGUCGCGAACUGCUUGCACACACGACCUCUUUCGUCCCCCAAGAAUACCAUUCUUAAUAACGCUUUCGUGUUUGUUUGAAGAUUUGUCUCACAUCCAUGUUGAAAAAUGAACUCGAAAUGCUUAUUUUCAACCUCUGCUCACACGACCUCUUGACUUCAUAAUAUCCAGCUACUUCUAUAGUUGCAGUUGCCAAUAGUAGAUUGAACCAACUUACUUGACAUCAGGAGGAAGUGAAGAAGACUAUAACAAGUGAGUGGGUAGUACAUCAAUCAAAUCAAUCGGCAUGCCGGGUAAGCAGACCACCAUCUUAGUCGGCCCACCUGGGUCCGGCAAGAGUACGAUCGCACCCUACCUCAGCUCCAUGUUCGACCGACCACUGUUGACCCUUGACGGUCUUAUCGCACAAGAGAUCAGUCGGGGAACCGAAAGUUAAGGCUACCGACAACGCAUAAAGAUCCACCUUAAUGUAGUCGUCCUUGGCUUCUUUUCUAAGGGGAAAAAGAAGCGUCCUCCAAGGAUAUUAUGGCUCUCACAAGGAAGAUGCGACGGGGUAGAUAUAGCUCCUCUAAGAAAGCGGCAAAUAUCUGGCAUUAUGCCAGAAAGAAGGCAGGACUCCAGAUGAUAUCACGCUUUUGAGCCUAUUCAAAGCAGAGAUGGAAGCGAGCUGUCCGUUGGGAUGUUUUAUGUGCGAUUUUCCGCGUACGCUGAGUCAAGCGCAGGCGUUGGAUAGGUACAACCCGAGUUUCUAUCCGGGAACUAUAGUUUUUGUCCUAUCUUCUAUUUCACAGGAGAUACACUAUCCUGAAUACAACUAUCCUGAAUACAACAAUGUAACUGUAAUACCAUCUAUGGUUGAAAGAGAAAUCCGUAGGGACUUACAUAGUACUAUCAACUAUGGUUCUUGAAAGAGAAAUCCGUAGGAACUUGCAUAGGCACUAUGCACAUUUCGCUUUCGACCUCUUACCUCUCACGACAUACACUGUCAUCGCGAAUGGAUCACAUCAUCACGACUGUCAUCGCGAAUGGAUCACAUCAAACCCAAACUGUUGACAUCAAAAAAUUGAAACACCAACAAUGAUCAGAUACCUCAUCAAAACCGGCAACCGUGAAUACCUGAAACUCUACGAGUUAAGCGCCUCCGAUUCCUUUUGCGAAGGCCGAGUGAGGUCAAGAUACAUUCAUCCUGGGUCUGGGCGUAUCUACAAUAGCGUGAGCUUUCCGCCAAAGGAAGAAGGAAAGGAUGACGAGACAGGAGAAGAUUAUGGAAGGCGGUCUUGUUUAGCUCUAGAGAAUAAGAAGUUCUUAGUACUAGUACGUAGCUCCUUUAAUACCAUGCGUUAGUAGUUCUGAGUGAUAUGUGAACAGGCCAACGCCUAAGCCACUAAGCCAACUGCGCAGUUUGUGGCUUAGGCGUUGGCCUGUCCAGUUAUCACGUAGCUCCUUUAAGACCAUGCGUUGGAAUUCCGUGCGUUUUUUCCAGGUGACUUUCACUACUUAAAAAUACGUAAUGUCCUCCGUGCGUAAGUACGUAAAAAUGUCCUCCGAGGACUUUCCCCUUUCCGAUCUUUCAUACUCACCUGAUCCAACUGGAGAAGGAUCAUCGAUUACGGUUUCCGAAGGAGGUCUUCAUCUAUCACCUAAGCUGUGAGCCACAACUCAAGCAUUUUGGGGCAUCGGCCCGUAUCGAUUGCUUGAAAGCAGGCGGAGAGGAGAAGACGGUGGAGGAUAUGGUACUAUGAGGAGUUGUUUAGAUCUCGUUAUGAGUUUUUUUUCUUCUUCACAAUUUCAACAUGGUCUUGUGAAUGCAAAGAUCACGAAUUAUUUGUAGUAGAUCGCCAGUGGUCUUUCUAGCUUUUAUCACUACCCAACUGACAGGGGUUCACUUUUACGCACUACAACAGGUAACGGAAAUAGCCCACAACCUAUUAAGUUCGACCUUUGCACGUCGACUUACGUUUGCGGAGAGGAACGCAGCUGCUAUUGGCGCGGCGCCGCCUGAAGCUACCAAUGCUAAGGACGCUGAAACGAGGGUCUACGACCGAGGUGACCACCUAGAGCGAAAAGCUCCGGUGUUGGAGGUGAAGACGAAGCAUGGAGGAGACUUUGCACCGACUGCGUAUCAUACGGUGAACUAGGUUCCUGAAAUGGACAGUGAAUUAUUGAUGAAAUUAGUAGCGUGCAGAAGAAUACCUCCAUGAAAGCUAUGUCAUUCUUAAUUCAAAGUACACAGUCGUGUUGUGACUGUUGCUGUAGAAAAGCGUGUUGUAACAAUGACGCCAAAAUUAACUAUUUCUCAUCACAUCAAUAUCUAGAGGAUAUUUCCUAUACGCUGCAUCCUAAAUACAUAAAAGACAACAGAAGAUUGUAGUGCAGACCUCGCAAAGGAAAGCUGUCAAACUACCACCUCGCAAAGGAAAAAUCUAUUCUUCUUUCUCGUAGUUCAAAGGAUAUUCACGCAUAAAGCCCCAUUCUAGCACGUAGCAAGAAAUGACAGGUUGAACUACACGACCCAGACCUGGGCAAGAACAUGGAUUCGGACCU